GCAAGAAGAAAAGGAAAACGAAAAAAAAAUGAAGCGACUUGAUGGCCGUCAGUCAACCGAGACGGUUCGUGCCAUCCACGUCGUGACAAACGUGCUGGCCAACUGCCACAGCAGCGCCUGCGUCGAGAUUGGGCAAACACGUGUGCUGUGUGGUGUCCGCCCGCCGCAGCAGCUCGUGCAAGAGUACCGGGGCACCCGAGGCCGCGUCAGCUGUCAGCUGCACCGCACCUCCGCCUCCUCUUCCGCCGUUGCGGAGGACAACUCGGCUGAUCGCGACAUGGCGCUGGCGUUGGAGGGGGUAGCAGAGCAGGCGGUGGUGCUGGAGCGCAUUCCGCAGCUUCUGGUCGAGGUGCUGAUCGAAGUCGUGCACGACGACGGCGCCUUGUGGGACGCCGCGACCACUGCGCUCUCCGCUGCCCUCACCGCCGGCGGCGUGGAGCUGUACGACACCUUCACGGCCUGCAGCGCAGCGGUGCGAGCAGACGGCGCCAUUGUGGCUGAUUUGACGCGGGAGGAGGAGGCGGCCGCGACGGCGCGCGUGGUGGUGUGCGGUGGAGUCUCCCUGGGCGGUUUGUACUAUGUGUGCCACCAAGGCGCGUGUGAGGCGGCGACGAUGGGACAGCUGGUGCAGGCUGCCACGAAGGGGAUGCAGGUGCGCAAGGCUCUGCUGCUCGAGCAGAUCCGCAACCAGUGA